CCGACACUCAUUAAAGAACAUGGCUAUUAUUGGCCGGGACUUUGUUUGUUCUAGAGAAGGUUUUCGUGCUGCAAAGCAUACACUUAGGAAAGACAGAAUUCUUCCUCCACGACCAGUUACGAGAGAAGGGUGUAAAGCGAUGAUAAGGUUGGCAGCUAGAGAUGGAGGUAAAUGGGUCGUUACUAAGUUUGUUCGAGAGCACAACCACAAACUAAUGACUCAUUCUAAAUUUCCUGGGGAACUGCCAAUUGUAAAUAUACUUAGUGAGGAAGAGAAAGACAAAAAAAUCCAGGAUCUAUACAACGAACUUCAGCAUGAAAGAGAGCGGUCUGCGGCAGUCCAACAACAGAUACGCGUGGUUCUCAAAGAGCUUGAAGAACAUGCUGAGUUUAUGUCUAUAAGAGUUGAAGACAUUGUCAACAACUUGAAAGAAAUUGAACUUGGCGAUCUUUAGCGUCUCAGCCAGAGAAAAAAACAGUGCAAUUUUUAUAUGGGAUAGGUAAUUCAAUCCUAAUUUCCUGACUGCAUCAAAUUAGAGCAUCAAGUUCACCAUGUUUAUCAUCUGUCAUUGACACAACAAAUACUUAU